AGGCUCCUCGCUGAGAAAUUCAGAACAGAUCGCUACGUACAGUCUUCAAAUUAAAGCUGGUGUCGACAAAAAAAAUAGUCUGUGAAUCAGUCCUCCAGUUAAAUUCGGCGCAUCCUUAUUUUUUGGUCAUAGAUGCAAUUAAUUCGUAACGUACAGCUUUACAAUGAAGUUCGUCAGGUUUCUAAUGAAAAAUUCUGCAUUAGCCAAUGCACCAAAACAUAUUGAUCAUUUUUCGAAAUUCUCACCGUCGCCUCUUUCUAUAAAGCAGUUCUUGGAUUUUGGCUCCACAAAUGCAUGUGAGAAGACUUCCUUUGUCUUCUUGAGACAGGAGCUUCCAGUGCGGCUGUCAAACAUCAUGAAAGAGAUCAAUCUGUUACCCGAUCGGUUAAUCAGCACCCCGUCUGUGCAGAUGUUGCAAAGCUGGUACAUACAGAGUUUGUUAGAUAUCUUGAACUUUCUUGACAAGAGCCCUGAUGACCACAGUGCACUAAGAGAUUUCACAGAGGCCCUGGUUAAGAUCAGGAACAGACACAAUGACGUGGUGCCCACCAUGGCACAGGGGGUGAUUGAGUACAAAGAGGCGUUUGGGCAGGACCCCGUCACAAGUCAAAACGUGCAGUACUUCCUUGACAGGUUCUACAUGAGCCGCAUCUCCAUUCGUAUGCUCAUCAACCAGCACUCUCUAAUCUUUGACGGUACAACAAACCCAGCUCACCCCAACACCAUCGGGAGCAUUGAGCCAAGCUGUGAAGUGGCAAAGGUGGUUAGAGAUGCUUAUGAAAGCGCCAAGAUGCUUUGUGAUCAGUACUACCUGGGGUCUCCCAAACUAGAAAUUGAAGAAAUUAAUUCUAACUGUCAGAAAGAGCCAAUUAGCAUGGUGUAUGUGCCAUCUCAUCUCUACCACAUGCUGUUCGAGCUCUUCAAGAAUGCCAUGAGAGCUACAGUGGAGACCCAUGAAUCCAGCCCCUCCCUUCCUCCAAUCAAAGUCAUGGUGGCACUCGGGGGUGAAGACCUCUCUAUUAAGAUGAGCGAUCGAGGUGGCGGUGUCCCCUUGCGUAAGAUUGAGAGACUGUUCAGCUACAUGUAUUCCACAGCACCUACCCCACGGAUCGGCGAUUUCCAGCAAGCUCCUCUGGCUGGUUUUGGAUAUGGACUUCCUAUCUCACGACUCUAUGCACGGUACUUCCAGGGAGACCUUCAACUGUACUCAAUGGAGGGGUAUGGCACAGAUGCUGUCAUCUAUUUGAAGGCUUUAUCAACCGAUUCUAUUGAGAAGUUGCCCGUCUACAACAAAUCUGCCUGGAGACACUACAAGGUGAGCCAGGAGGCGGAUGACUGGUGUGUCCCCAGCAAAGAACCCCUAAAUCUGGCUGUCCACCGGGCCUCAAAGUGAGCAGGUAACCUUGGAAACGGAACAGUCAACCUGGAGAACAUGGAGGAGGAAAACAGAACUAUCAUUUAACCUACAGGGGAUGAAAGGAAUCAGGGCCCUGUCACUGUAGUAACAGCGAAAACCCACAGACUAACCAAGCUGAUAGAAUUCUAAAAGGUUGCUGGGAGAGCCACACCAGAGUUGUACACUAUCCUUACAUUCACAAGGUCAAUACAUUUGAGAGUGUUGAAAGAAGCAGCCUUUUGUAGAAGUAUAAGUAUAUGCCACUGCGAUUGUCAUUUUUCUUUUUUCAAUACUGUUUUUUUUUUUUAUGCCUCAUGCCUCACUGUUGGUAUUGGAAUAAGUGUGUGUGCGUCAGUUUUGGUUAUCAGUUGUAUGGAUAACAUGAAGGGAAGCGGACAUUUUUGAAAGAGGGUAAGCAUCCUCAUUAAAUAGGGGCCAUGAACCACAGUGCUCAAUCAUAUAUUACACCUCCACAUUUAUCUAUGUGCCUCUGUAUGGAGAAGCACUCUGGGGGUGUAAUGUAAUGUAUAGGAUGUGCAUUUUAUAAUGCAAUAACGAAAUGGUUUCCAUUAAAUCCAAUCUCUGUUCAUAAACACCCACUGCUAUAACUAUAUGAAAAUGUAAAAUAUUGUAUAGGUUUCCUAUUAUCAGUGCAGCCACUUGAGCAGGAACUUUUAUAUACUUUUAUAUUAUAUAUAUAAUUCAGUUCUGAAGUAGACCAUGUUUAUUGAAACAUCCAUAAUGUGAUUUAGAAAAGAAGGCAUGGGUAAAGAGGAAGGAGUGAGCAGGGGGAAAAGAAACCAAAAAAAACGUGAAGGCUUUGGCCAGGGGUUUGAGAGCCAGAGAAAAAGGGUGUGACCCAGAGCUUAAAUAGGGAGAUUUGGGUGGGGCAGAACAGGGCCCCUGCCCCCCUGAACCACACAUCAAGGUUACAAUACAUUAUUUGUAGAACGGUUGCUUGGGAGUUUGCAAAAGUGAGAUUCUCUAGUUGCCAAAUACCUACACCUACCCCGAUAACUGGCCAGUAUGGACCCACGAAAGCAUAGCACUCUGUUACAGCUUAGAAAUGAUUUUGCUUACUUAUUAGCUAAAUGCAGGUGCUGCUGUGGAAUCUUUACUUUCAUGAGGGUAGGGGUCUCCUCAUUCCAGAAAGACGUGAACAGCAUUCAACUCUGUUGGCUACUCUAGCUCUGUACUGUGUUUUAUGGAAAGAGGAAAUCAAAGACUGUUCCGAGGUCCUAAUAGCAUUCUAAAUAAUGUAGUGUUUGUUCUUUAAGAAAGUGUUACUGUAUGUUUCUAUUUGAUUUCAGCCCAAACUCAAUAAAUAAUAUAGAUGCACAAUAAAAAUGCAACAGUCUUACAUCAAUAGCUCAUUGAGCACAUACAUAAUGUUAUUUACAUUUUAAGUAGUGAGCAGAUAGGUUUGUUGAUUGUUUGAGUAGUAUUGUUCGUUGGGAUAACAAAAUUCUGAGCUUAAGUCAUGUGAUUUCAUAAAAACGCUCAGUGUUUGGUAUUUGAGUUGAGUUAAAAUUGCCAGAAAAUUGCGUUAAUUAAAAUUGCCGUUCGAAAAGACACAAUUUUAAUUAACACAAGAACAGCGAAAGAUACGACCAUGCCCCGCUUGAGUAAUGAAGAUUGCCCGGUUGCUAUCGGAAUGAUUGAAGGCGGUCUGACUGUGAGAGAAGUUGCCCAGAGAAUGAGAUGUUCUGUUUCAACAAAUGAGUGAGGGACAGGCCCCAUCCUGAAAGGCAGAGGUCCAUGCAUCAACGCUGCCAGGAUUGUGUUAAUGUUCAGGGCGGUCAUACCCGAUACUUUGUAAUGUUUUCAUUUUGACAGUGAGUCACGUUUCAUACUGAAAUUAUCAUGAUUCUUUGAUCUGUAUUUUUGUUCACGUUUUCUAUGAUUGUGUUUGAUAUCUAUGUUUAAAAUAUUUGAUUAAAUCCGUUAGACCUGAGUGUUGUGUUUCUUUUGUGCCUUAGUUUAUAUGUAUAUAUCCACCAUAAACAGUGGGUCCACUCACUGAAAAAACUUAUACUGUACUCAAGCAAACAUAAAAUAAAAAAUGUGAUUUUAUGUAGCCUGAAUGUAUAGUUUGAAAGUUCAUGUUUUUGUAAAUAAACUACAUUUUCAUAGCACCUGUAUUUUCUUUGUGGGAUUUAAAAUAAAACUCAGUUUCAUGAAGAUCA